UUUACUCAAAUGUAUGUAUACAAAACUUAUCUAAAUUCUAAAUAUAUUUCAGUUAUUUAAAAUUCUUUUUCGAACCAAAUUUUAAGCAAAUUCAGUUAAAAACUUAAAAGAAUGACGGCCAAAUGUAGUAAAGAUAUCGAGAAAGAUGUCUGCGAACUGAAAGCCAUGGUUAAAUCACAAAAUAAACGCAUUGAUGAACUCAUAAAGCACAUCAAGGAUGGUUGCAACCCCGAAGAUCCGCAAGAGUUGGAGUCCACUUUAAGCAACAUAAACCCCUACAUCGAAUGCCUUAAUCCGGAUAUCUUAUACCAUCUUAACUUGGACACAGUAACAACUGAUUUUCCGAAGGUUUUCGGUGAUGUGCGCUUCGUAUGCUUGGGCGGCACGGAAUCGCGCAUGGAGAAAUUCGCCAAUUUCAUCAUGAAAGAGAUUGGACUUAAGAUGAGCCAAAGCGUUACGCUAAAAAACAUAUCCGCGGAAGGCCAUCGAUACGCCCUGUACAAAGUUGGGCCAGUGCUGUGCGCCAGCCAUGGCAUUGGCGGCCCCUCAAUCAGCAUAGUGUUGCACGAGCUCAUCAAGCUCGUGUACCAUGCCAAGUGUCAGGAUCCUGUCUUCUUUCGCAUGGGCACCAGUGGCGGCAUUGGCGUUGAGCCUGGCACUGUGGUGAUUACAUCAGAAGCUCUGGAUGGCCAAUUGCGACCCGUGCAUGAGGUGGUCGUUCAAGCUCAGCCCCAGCUACGGCCCACCACACUGGACCAGGACUUGGCCAAGACGCUUAAGUCCCUAUCUAAUCCCUGUGGAGAUGGCUAUGAUACUAUCACGGGCAAAACGCUCUGUACAAAUGACUUCUAUGAGGGGCAGUCACGUCUGGACGGUGCCUUUUGCGAUUACACACCAGAGAAAAAGAUGGCAUUUCUGGAGAAAUUGUCUCAAAAUGGAAUUGUCAAUAUAGAAAUGGAAAGUACCACACUCGCAAGCCUCACAAAUCAGGCCAAUAUUCGUGCCGCUGUCGUCUGCGUGACCCUACUCAAUCGCAUGGAGGGUGACCAGAUAGACGCACCACCAGAGAGACUCAAAGGUUACGAUACAAGACCUCAAAUCCUAAUCGCUCGCUACAUACGAAAGGUCAUCUACGGAGAUGCCCCGGGUGAAGAUAGUUCUUACUCAUGCGACUGCAGCGGCGAUCAGAACUAAUCGUCAACACCAACUGUGCAAUAUAGGAAGAAUGUACUCCUUUAUUUAUUUAUUUUUUAGUUUAAUAAUGUUUUUUUUU